ACCUGCUUCUCGUUUGUUUGCAAAAUGAUGUAGUUGAGUUUGUUUAGUGUUUUUGGGCUGAACGUUUGGACUUUAUGGAGCACUUCAGCGCUGUAGUGAAAGUUUUUCUUCUUCUCCGAUUUUCUGUUCAUCAUUCAUCAGCAGACACACACUCUCUCCAGUACUUGUACACUGGAGUCACACCAGGAAUAAGCUUCCCAGAGUUCACUGCGGUUGGUCUGGUUGAUGGAGAACUGUCUGAGUACUAUGACAGCAACAUCAAGAACAUCAUCCCAAAGACAGAGUGGAUAAAGGAGGUCGAUUCUGAUGAUCCACACUAUUGGUACAGAGAAAAACAGGUUUGGCUGGUUGAACAGGAGUGGCUCAAAAAUGAUGUGGCUACGGCAAUGAAGUGCUUUAAUCAGAGUAAAGGAGUUCACACUGUGCAGUUAAUGUUUGGCUGUGAGCUUGAUGAUGAUGGCAGUACUAGAGCAUACAGCCAUUUCGGUUAUGAUGGAGAAGAUUUCAUUAGUCUGGAUCUGAAAACUAAAACCUGGACUGCAGCCAACGUUAAAGCUGUGAUCGUUGAAAAUAAGUGGAAUCCUACAGGGCAUGAGGCUGAAGACUGUGCGCUCUACCUGAAGACUGAGUGCAUCUAUUGGUUGAAGAAGUUUGUGUCUUAUGGCAGAGAGUCUCUGGAGAGGAAAGUUCGUCCUACAGCGUCAGUGUUCCAGAAACACUCUUCUCCAGAGGUGGUGUGUCAUGCUACAGGUUUCUUCCCCAAAACAGUGAUGAUCACCUGGCAGAAGGACGGAGAGGACGUGCAUGAGGACGUGGAUCUCAGAGAGACGUUACCCAACCAGGAUGGAAGCUUCCAGAAGAGAAGCAUUCUGACAGUCUCAGCUGAGGAUCUGCAGAAACACACCUACACCUGCGUGAUUCAGCACAGCAGCUUGGAGAAGGAGAUUGUGCUAGAAGUACCAAAAGGUGGAGGAUCAGGUGGAGGUCCGAUCGGUAUCAUUGUUGGUGUAGUCGUUGCUCUCGUUGCCAUUGUUGCUGGAAUUGUGGUCUGGAAGAAGAAGAACUCUGGCUUCAGACCUGUUCCACCCAAACCUGACUCUGAAACAGAUGCUUCCUCCAACAACUCUUAAAGUGGACUGUGUGUGUUCCCGCUGCACUGAGAGAGAGAGAGGAGGAGAGGGAGAUGAGGACCACAGUACAAGACUAAUACAAGACUGACUAAUACAUGACUAAUAUACAUACAUAUAUACAUACAUACAUGACUAAUACAAGACUGAGUUACUGUUGUUAUUCCAGUGCAUUAUCUUGGUGUGAUUAUCUUCCUGUGUUUGGAUGGAGGAGCUUUUUAUUGUGAGGUCUGUUGUUAUUUCUGUAAAAUGGAAUUAUUAGGGGUUUGAUUUUGUUUUUGCUCUGUGUGAAAUCUUGUAGUGUUCUGUGUGAUUGGGUUUGAUUCAUGUGUGUUUGCUGCUGUACGGUUCUGUUCCACUGAGAGCUCAAUAGGAUCCUGCUUUUGGGAGAAUCCAGGUUUUCGAGUAAAGAUUCUCAGUGAUGGUCAUCUUGGGAAAUGUAGCCAUUAUCUCUUUUUAACAAAUGGGUGAAGUGCAGAUUUAUUCCUCCAGUGGAAAACAGAACAGUCUUGAGACAUUUUCAAAUUGUUUUUAUACUUCUGGACAUUCACCUGUUGUGGAUAAAAAAUGUCAUAAAAUAAACAUAAGGGAGACCUAGCAUCCAGCAAAAGGGAGAAGAAGAAAAAACGGGCACCUAGACACAUAGAAGCGGGAUUAGGCAGACAUUGACAGAUUGGAAUUACACUUUAAAGAUCUUUAAGAGCAGUAGUAGCCAAAAAGAGGUAUACGAGCGGAGCUGAGGAGUGCUAAUACACACAUGCUCGUACAGUCAAGGCCGGGCAAGUAGACACAACAUACACACACACUCUCUCUUUCUCAUACACACACAUGAAUAACUUUAAUAAUAUCUUAUAGUAAUAGAGAAACUCUAUAAAAAAAAAACAGAAUAGUAGGAUAUGCAGGACAGUAGAACUGUAAUGAUAUUAAGAAGUUGGAAGUACAGUAAACCGCUUUUCAAGUAGUAUAAAUAUAUAUAAAAUAAGAAAUAUAGUGCAAAUAUGAAAAUAAAUUAUAAACUAGAAAUACAGGAAAAAUAGGAAAAUAUAACUUACUCAUGAUUCAGGUGGUGAAGAUUCUCGUCUCGCAAGGAAAGCCUGUUAUAAGGGUGGCUGGGUCAAACUGCCCCCCCCCCCCCCCCCCCCCCCCCGAGAUAACGAUAAGACCAAGGUCCCUCCCGGUUGUUUAGUCGUCUUGUCUACGUCAUUUUAUUUCCCUAGGUAAUUGAGAAUCCUGGUUUCUGACCACCUAGGUAAAUGAGAAUCCUGGAUUCUGAUUCUCUGUGUAAUUCAAAACGCUGGGUUUUUAUUUUCUGGGUUAUUAGAAAUGCCUGGGUUCUGAUUCUAUGUGUAAAUGAAAUAGGCCUUUUCUGGAAACAUAUGGGUUAUCUAGUGUGUAAAUACAGUAUAAAUACUGGAGCUUAAGCUCAGGGUAGGGGGAUCACUUCUGAGAAUUCUCAUCGGUGUGGAUCUCGUGUGGUGGAAAUGGAACAAUAAAGCUGGACCCUUGCUUCUUCUCACUCACGGCUGGUGUAUUUUUUCUAUCUCCAACUGGGGUCAGAGGUAGAUGUGAGUAUUGGCUUCUAAGUUGAGUUUUAAAUGUUUUUGGGUAAUAGGCUAAAUUCGAGCCAACACACCACAUAUAGAGUUUCUGAAUUCUUCCAUGUUUGUCUCCCUGAUGUUCUCCCAUUUCACAAAUGAGGAGAUGCAGCUAUGUAUCUUCUUCUUCUUCUUCUUCUUCUUCUUGUCCACCAGUCAUUUCACUAUAAUAGUUCAUUGUUUUUAUACUUUGGAGUUCUUCCCAUAACUGCAUCAUGUAUUGUCAAAGUUAGUUGUGGUUUGUCAUGUUUCCUGGAUACAAAUAUGUGUUUUUUAAUACUUGAUCUUCAAUAAACUUUUACAUUCUUGUCAA